CCAUGGGCACGUCUGUCGCAGGGCUAUUGUGUAACUUCAGAACGCCGAUUUUUGGUUUCGUUGAUGGACUAGCUAGCAUGAGCUGCUGGGCUAGCCAGCUGCUUAGCAUAGUGUAGUGUGUCAUUGAUUUAGCUAUAGUCAAUGAAUUAAAAGCUUGCUAGAUCACAAAGUAAGGUGUAUUAUAGCUAAAUGACACCACGUAGACAUCGAUAGCAUGCAACAAAAGCCUUAAAACGGUGCCAGAACUCUGAAAUCUGAUGGUCCAAAAUGCCUCAAAAACUUAAGUUACACAAGAGUAGUCACUACAUUGAGCUGGGGAGUUACCAGUACUGGCCAGUUCUGGUGCCUCGGGGAAUCCGCCUGUACACAUUUGAACAGAUCCCGUUAUUCUUGAAAGAAAACCCAUACAUUACAGAUGGAUACAGAGCACACUUGACAUCAAAACUAUGUUUAAAAAGCAUCUUUGUGCUGUCCAAUGAAACAGUCAACAUAUGGACUCAUCUGUUGGGCUUCCUCCUGUUCUUCCUACUGGGGGUGAAUGACAUGUCUACAGUCCUGCCGGCUUCAGGUGCCAACAGAGAAGACUAUGUCAUCUACUGCAUAGGACUUUUCUGCUUUCAGGUGUGUAUGCUGUGUUCAGUGGGGUAUCACCUCUUUUCCUGCCACCGCUCAGAGAAGACGUGUCACCGCUGGUUGGCGCUGGACUAUGCUGGAAUCUCUGUGGGAAUCCUGGGCUGUUACAUUCCAGGGGUCUUCUAUGCCUUUUACUGCAACAUUUUCUGGAGACAGGUGUACUUGGUGAUUGUUCUAGCGUUGAUAUUGGCCAUAUUCUCGGCUCAGAUCCACCCUCACUACCACUCUAAGGAGUGGCAACACCUGCGGACCGUCAUCUUCUGCUCUGUGGCUGGCUACGGGGUCAUCCCAGCUGUCCACUGGGUCUGGCUCAAUGGAGGCUUCAGCUCCGCUGUCGUCCAGUUGUUCCUCCCUCGUGUGAUUGUGAUGUAUUUGAUAGCUGGAGCUGCGUUCCUCUUUUACAUCUCUAAAAUCCCAGAACGCUGCUUCCCAGGUCAGCUGAACUAUCUGGGUGCCAGCCACCAGGUGUGGCAUGUCCUGGUAGUGUUUAUGUUCUACUGGUGGCACCAGACUGCUGUGUAUAUAAUGAACUUCAGACACAACCAGCCAUGCCCUCCUCUCUACACCAAUAGUGGCUAGCUGGAGCCACACAGACUAGCAUCCAGCCACCAAGCAACCACAGCCUGUACUGUAGCCACUCAAUGCAAUCAAACCAGACUACAGACCUCCUAUAUAAGCCUAUUUUACAGAUGCCCAGUCAAGACCCAUAUCCAAGAAUACCCAUGACAAUACUGUUAAACCUUGUAGAAAGCUUGAAACCAUCUCUGGUUUUAAGGUUUGCUAUUGGUGGUAUGCAAUCGUAUCUGCUUUCUGCUGAGACUUCUGUAAGGCCAGGUUAUAAGAGAUGGAAAGACAGGUCAAUCAUAGCCUGGUCGCAGGUCUGGGAAGCAAGAUGGCACAAACAGAUCUGGGACCAGGCAGGGUAAGUCACUAGACACACUGUACACAAUACAUAUACCACUACAGCUGAACAUUUUCUGUGAUUCUCCAAUUAACUUUUCAUAUUCAAGAUUUUUUUUAACCUGAUUUGUAUCUAUUAAUUUGCAUGUAAGCUACUGUUUGAAUGUUACAUGCUGUGAAAUACUUCUCUGCUGCCUUGAGCAAAUGGGACCUUCCAAAGGGUUAUGUGCAAUCUACCUACCUUACUAUCCUAUGGAAAUGGAACAACAACAAAAAAAGUUAUUUUUGCUUGAGUAGUUUUAUCUGUAUUCAUCAAUACUUGAAUUGUUUGUGUGUUGUAUUAUUGCCUCUGGCACAAACGUCAUUGGGUUCUAUGGUGGGGUUGAGUAGUUAUCUUACUGUAUUUCAUUAAUGGUGGGGUUGAGUAGUUAUCUUACUGUAUUUCAUUAAUGGUGGGGUUGAGUAGUUAUCUUACUGUAUUUCAUUAAUGGUGGGGUUGAGUAGUUAUCUUACUGUAUUUCAUUAAUGGUGGGGUUGAGUAGUUAUCUUACUGUAUUUCAUUAAUGGUGGGGUUGAGUAGUUAUCUUACUGUAUUUCAUUAAUGGUGGGGCUGAGUAGUUAUCUUACUGUAUUUCAUUAAUGGUGGGGCUGAGUAGUUAUCUUACUAUAUUUCAUUAACGGUGGGGUUGAGUAGUUAUCUUACUGUAUUUCAUUAAUGAUGGGGUUGAGUAGUUAUCUUACUGUAUUUCAUUAAUGGUGGGGUUGAGUAGUUAUCUUACUGUAUUUCAUUAAUGGUGGGGCUGAAUAGUUAUCUUACUGUAUUUCAUUAAUGGUGGGGCUGAGUAGUUAUCUUACUGUAUUUCAUUAAUGAUGGGGUUGAGUAGUUAUCUUACUGUAUUUCAUUAAUGGUGGGGUUGAGUAGUUAUCUUACUGUUUUUCAUUAAUGGUGGGGUUGAGUAGUUAUCUUACUGUUUUUCAUUAAUGGUGGGGCUGAGUAGUUAUCUUACUGUAUUUCAUUAAUGGUGGGGUUGAGUAGUUAUCUUACUGUAUUUCAUUAACGGUGGGGUUGAGUAGUUAUCUUACUGUAUUUCAUUAAUGGUGGGUUACUUUUAGUAUUAGUGGUCAACUGACCUCCUUCCUCUCACAAUCCACUUGAAUCUAAGGGCUGAUUCAAGAACUGUUUAGAGAAAUGUAACCAACUAAACAUAAACCCAAUAAAAUAGAUUGGGAUUAAAUUCCCCUCGCCUUAAUUUGUUAGUGUCCCUGUGUCACUCACGGGUGUGAACAACUGCAUAAGAACAAAAGUCCUAAUGGCCAGUAUUAUCGAUUGUAUAUUAUACACCACAAUAGUGUAGUACACUUGAAUUUAGGUUAGGUCAAAUUACUACCCAGUCUCUCUCUAUGCAACAAUAUACUGUACAUCUCCUGCCAUUUUAAUCCAGUUCCCAGUCAUUUAAUUAAAGGAAAUGUAUCCAGCAAUGCAAUGACAUUUUGGUCACACAUUUUUAGAUUGUCUCCAGCUGACAUACUUAGCCUCUAGUCAGAUAAGGAUGCUCUGUCAGAGUCGUGUGUAUAGGUGGCAGGGAAGUCGUGACAUUAGAACAUAUCACAGCCUGUAAUGACUGGAAAUGUAGCAGACUGUUUGUUUGCCUUGUAAAUUCACUUUUGUUUUUAAGUAUGACUUUCAUUAUUUACUGUGUAAUUACUGUAUUAUUUUACCUGUCUGUCUUGUUUGUUACGUUGUUCAACAUUUGUUUUUAAUUCAUUUUGGCAUGGUUGAUGGACCUUUAGUCAGUGCCAGUAUUCAAAAGUAAAGGGGCACAUUAUUUUAAUGAUCUGUUAUAUGACAUGUUUCUCUUUGAUUACUUUCAAUAAAUAAAGAAUGCCUCAAGAAAUAUCA